AUGGAGCUCACGCAGAUCGCACACUCCGCGCAGUCGCUGGGCCUACCGGGUCUCCUCGUCGCACUCGUGCUCAUCAUGGUCGUCGCGUCGUGGCUUGGCGCGUCGCAAGGAAAGCAGAGCAGCACGCAACAAGAUAAUCCACCUGCCGCCAAGGAAACCAAGGUGUACACUAAGGAGGAGGUAGCGAGGCACAACAAGAGGGAUGACUGCUGGGUCAUCAUCAAGAACAAGGUGUACGAUCUGACAUCAUAUGUGGAUGAGCAUCCGGGUGGCGAUUCUAUCCUCAACAACGCAGGAGGGGAUGCAACGGAAGGCUUCUAUGGGCCUCAACAUGCAUCCCGUGUAUUCGAUCAAGUGGAAGAGUUCUAUGUUGCGUUUCUCGCUUUCGCGCAUUCCCCCGCGGCGGAAGGCAAGCCUAAGAACAAGAAUAAGAGAGACGAGAGCGCGGGUCUAGCCUUCUAUUCCGCCAUGGCGCGCGGGACGUCGACUAAGAGCAUAACGGCUAUUGCUGUAGCGGAGAGCAUUCAGUUUCAGCUGACGGUGGGCGGCUCGUGGAAUCCUCCUUACAACGUGACUCUCUACCGCAACCCCUCCAUGCUGCCGUCCGCGCCGGCCGGCAAGGACACCGCCGUCGAGCUGCAGACGCUGGCCGGGAACGGAGGUACAGAGUGGUUGAAAGUGGUUCCAACGGUCUGGGAAACCUACGGCUCGGUUCUCUUCCAGGACGGCACGGACUCGAUGACCAAGGAGCUGGCGCCAGGUGGCAGGCCGCAAUUGGUGGGCGAGUACACAGUGGAAACGGUGUCGCCCCCGGGAUACUCGGACGAGCCACCCAAGCUGGCCGUUGCCAGCCUCGAGAGGGGCAACGCUAGGAAGUUCGGCAACCCCGGUCUCCUUGCCUCCCCUUUGGAAAGCCCUCUCUUCAGCGCUGCGCUCGUGGAUGCCAUGACAGGCGGCGCUUAUCUGCACAUCACCUUUGAAGCCUCUCAAUACAACCUCUCUUAUGUCAUCGCAAUAGUCGACCCAGAGGAGGACCCAGUCUCGCCGCUGCUCCGCAUUUACAACGACACCCACGGCAUGCCGGCCCUGCCGCUGCACUGCGCCCACUCCCGCUGGGCCAACCCGCGUAUGGGGCUCUUCACGUGUGCGGGCUACCUCACUGUUGACGCUGCUGCUGGUCUGCAGUACCCCUCUGGUGCCGGGGAGGUGGGUUCGGAUGUUGGCGGGGGUGGGGCGGAGAAGAAGGGGGGUAAGGGGAAUUCUAAGUUUCUUCCGGGGGUGAUUGGUGGGAGUGGUGGUGGGGGUGGUGGAGGGGGGGGUGUGGCAGGGGCGUUGGGUGGUGCGUUUGCUGCUAUUGGGAAGAAGUUGGGAGGGAAGAAGGGAGGGAAGAAGGGAGGAACUGCAGGCAAGAACCAUCCACAGUCACUGUCUGCAGCAGCAUCCUCAUCCUCCAUAAAGACCGCCUCGUUAAGCAACACUGCAGGUGUAGCCCAGCCGAACCAAAUCGAUGGCACGCCACUCUCAAGUAAACUAAAGGACAAAGCAGAAACAGCAGCCCUAUCCCUCCAAACUCUGGGCCGGAAAGGUGGGAAGAAGGGCGGCAAGGGCGGCAAGGGAGCAAUAACCGGCGGGGACAGCGGCGGAAAAAAGACAAAAGGAGCCGACCCAGCAGCAGGCGCAGACCCAGCAGCAGAUGCUGGCAGUGCUGGAGGGGAUACCGGGGGUACCGGGGGUACCGGCACGGGCAGCAAUGGAGGGGGGGCAGGGGACGAGGAAGGGCGGGCGGGGAUGCCGUACAUGGAAGCCAUGGCGAGCCUGCUGGCAUACGGCUCUGAUGGUGGUGAUGGCUCCACGUCGUACGAGCUGAGUGUGUUCGGUGCGUCCCGCAUGGUGGGGUCGUCCAGUAGCCUCGAGCUCACUGCCAACACGUUCUGA